CUUUAUGAGUUGAAUAAGAAGUUAAUUGGAAAUUAUUUUAAGCGGAAUCAUAUUGACCUAUAUGUUGUUCGUCAGCCGGUGCUUGAAGAGAUUGCAGUGGGAGUUUCGGCAAAGUUUAUCAACCAUGGCUUUGACAGAAGUAUCAAGCAACAAAAUGUUUGGAGGUUACCAGAAGGUUUUCAGUCAUGAAAGUACUGAGGUUAAGUGUACAAUGAAGUUUGGUGUUUUCCUUCCUCCCCAGGCGGAGAGUGGCAAAUGUCCCGUUCUGUAUUGGCUAUCAGGGUUGACCUGCACUGAACAGAAUUUUGUAACAAAGGCUGGAGCCCAGAGAGUAGCAGCUGAGCUGGGGUUUAUUAUUGUAGCCCCAGACACCAGUCCAAGAGGCUGUAACAUAGAAGGAGAGGAAGAUGGCUGGGAUUUCGGGACAGGGGCCGGAUUUUAUGUCAAUGCUACUCAGGACAAAUGGAAAAACAAUUACAGAAUGUAUUCCUAUGUCACAAAGGAGCUUCCAGAUUUGGUUAAUUCCAAAUUUCCAGUACUAGCAGAUAAACAGGGCAUUUUUGGACAUAGUAUGGGGGGUCAUGGAGCCCUGAUCUGUGCACUGAAGAACCCUGGGAAAUAUCUGAGUGUUAGUGCAUUUGCACCCAUUUGUAAUCCUAUCAACUGCCCCUGGGGGAAGAAAGCUUUCUCUGGUUACCUUGGAGACAACCAAGAAGACUGGAAGGAGUAUGAUUCCUGUUGUUUGGUAAAGAAGUACAACGGUCCUCCAUUGAAAAUCCUUGUUGAUCAGGGGAAGGCUGACAACUUUUUGCCUGCUGGCCAGCUUCUCCCAGACAACUUUGUCACAGCUUGUGCUGAGGCAAAGAUGGAGCUUGUCAUGAGAAUGCAAGAGGGCUAUGAUCACAGUUACUACUUCAUGGCAACAUUUAUGGAGGACCAUCUGAGACAUCACGCCAAGUUCUUGAAGUGAAAAGGAAUCCGUCCUACGUAGGCUGACAUUCAUUGUGUGAUUAAAGUUGUUGAUUGAUACUGACAAAAACUUUAACAGAAAGGAAAGCUUUCUAAGAAGGACUUUUAUUUUAUGACAGGCAAUGUUUUUACCCACCCUCAAUAAUAUACAUGUCAUACAUGUAAAUCUUACAAGAUACUUGAUAAAAUCAUUUUACAAAUUAAGUGAAAGCUCUGAAAAGUUGCCUUUAUAUACUGUAAGUGUAGGGAAGUACUCUGAGUUUCUGGUACUUCAGAUAAAAUUCAUCCAGACUCCUUGCCAGGAAGCAGAUUACCACAUGUUACUUGCAUUGUAGUUUUCCUCUUUUCUGUUAGAGAGAAAUUGAUAAACAGAAUAUAGACUUGAUGACCUAUAUUGAUAUGAAUGUUUAAAAUUUACAUUGAUACAUGUGAUCAGGUUUCCAAGUGAAACACACCAAUAAAACUUAAUCUGAAAUUAG